GCGCGGUCGAGCCCGCGACAGUAGAGAGAAGAAUGGAAGUCGUGUGGGUCGAGGACCGAUCGUAUCUGCAGUAGUUGCGACUGUUCAAGGAAUCAACUAAGAAAACAUGGCUGCAGGUUGUUGUGGAACGAAAAAGCAGAAGCUAAACAAUUCAUCAAGUGUUCCUUGCAAUGGUUCGGUGUUACAAAAUGGCACGCAAAUAAGAAACAGUGUAAUAGUGAAGCCUGAGAUGGGGUUCUUUUGCUUCGAUGUUCUUUAUUGCCAGUUACAUCAACUCGACCCUCCAAAACCGCCCAAUUUCAGUAACGAAGCAUUCCCAUUAUUUGUAACCUGGACUAUUGGGAAAGAUAUGAGGUUAAGAGGCUGCAUUGGUACAUUUAAUGCAAUGCAGUUACAUGCUGGACUUAGAGAAUAUGCAACAACCAGUGCAUUUAAAGAUUCACGUUUUAAUCCCAUCACAAGAGAUGAACUACCACGUUUACAUGUAAGUGUUUCAAUUCUAAGACAUUUUGAAGAUGGUGUUGAUUAUUUAGAUUGGGAAGUAGGUGUCCAUGGGAUUCGUAUAGAAUUUCAUAAUGAGAAGGGUAAUAAAAGAACUGCUACUUAUUUACCCGACGUUGCAACAGAACAAGGAUGGGACCAGAUACAAACAAUAGAUUCACUGCUGCAUAAAGGUGGUUAUAAAGGACUAGUCACUCCAGAUAUUAGACGUAGUGUCAAACUAACACGAUAUCAGAGUGAAAAAGUUACUGUAAGCUAUCAGGAUUAUAUGACACAUUGGCAUAGUCGAAGAUGCUAGCAGCUGGCUUGGGGUCCUAGUCAAGGACCCCAAUUGCCACAAAAUUCUGUUGCAAUUCAUUAUAAUGCUAAUACAUCUCAUACUUCCCACGUACUAUAUAAUAGUACUCAAUACAAUUCUUAUAUAGCCAAUCAGGAACAUGGAUUUGUAAUGGCACAACGUAAUCAUCCUGCAUUUAUUCAUCCUCUUCCGAUACCCCCUAUUUCUCCAGUUAUGUUACCUAUAUGGGAUUACUCAUCAUUUUGGUGGGAUCAAUCAAAUUCAUCUUAUCCUCCACCACAUUCUCAUUUUCAUCCUCCUCCUCGCGUUCAUCGUUUUUCAUCACAAGAAUCUGCUGAUCGCGGAAUUCGUAAACGAAAAUGACAUUGGAGGCGACUAUUAUUUGCAAUGUUUCAUUGUUUAAAAUGGUGCCUACUAUACUUUGUAUGUUUCUGCAUACACAGUUUUCCUUUUAUGAUACCACAUAGUCCUCCUUGAGGAUGAUAGCAUUUUGUGUAUGAUGGCACUGUCUUAUUUCUUACAUAUUACAAUUAAUAUCAUUAUUUACUUAAUAAUUGGUAUAAUCGUAAAAUAUAUAUGCAUACUGGAAGAUGCAUUAACUUUUAACUUCAAUAUUUAUAAUUAUUCAUAAAACUAUAUGUUAGAUAUUCGGAUUUUAAAACCUGUACUAUAAUAUAAAUGCCUACUCUCAUGUGCUUUAAUACGUUCAUAAAUUAAGUAACAUGAUUCAGUCCAUAGAAUAAAUAUUUUAAAAUCAACAAAUAGAGAUUAUAUAUAAUGUGCAAUUACUUCUGCCAUCAUACUUAUUGUGUCCAUUUGUAUUUAUGUCUGCAGUAUACGAGUGACAUGAACAACUUUAUAGCACAGUGAUGCUGCCUGCGAUUCACUGCCUGCUUCACAAGGUUUAAUGUACAAAUUCACGCGAAAAUGUUUCUAUUAUUCGUAUAUUAUAAAAUAUAUAGAGUAUCAUUUUUAGAUAAAUACAUAAGUAAAGAGUGAAAAACAUUAGAUUUUCUAUUGAUAAUAUUUCUUCUAAUGAUGUUCUAUUAAUUCAUAUAUAGUACAUGGUUAUUAUUUUCUGUAUAACUUUUGUAUCAUUAUUUAUCAAAAGUUAUAAGAAAUUUGUAUAGAUGAUUCAACUAGUAUGAAUUAGAUAACUAUAUAUUAUAUUCUUUUAAACUACUCGCAUACAAAGGAAGGUAAAAACUUUCUUAUUGUUGUGUUUUUCUCAUGGUUAAUUCGUAAAUAAUAUAUGUGUAAGUACUAAUUUUUAGCUUAUUAAUUUAAAUUUCAUUGUACUGAUGAUAUAAAUACACAAAUUUUGUUCUAUUAGGUGCAAAUGUUUAUUUAAAUUAAAGUUCUCUAAAUUGUAUUAAAGUUUUGAAAAUGAUUUUGAUAUCCUAUUUCAACUUUUUAUAUCAUUCGUACAUUGAAAUUUAAUAAUUGUAGUUAUAUUAUAGUCCAGAGUUUUACUACAGCAAAGGAUAAACACACAUAACUAACAUUACUUAUGAUUAAGUAAGUAGAUAUUUAUCUGGAAAUUAUUGUUAAUUUUACAAAAUUUAAAAGAUAUUGCUAAAAGAUACAGUGUGAUAAAAAUGAUAGAAUGGGACCUCUACUGUAAAUAAGCAAUGGACUGCAUUAUGACUAUUAAAACGCGUUAAUAAUAAUUGUACUAUAGUUAUAGAGGAAAAUGUGAUGAUCUCAUUGCAAUUUUAAUAUUGUGGCUCAUAAAAUACGAGUUACUAUUGCUUUCUGUAACAUAAUUAUUACUUUGUUUUUGUUAAAACAUAUUACUAUAACACGUUAAAAUGAUUCAAUGAAACAUAUAUCUGAUCUAUAGUAAAAUUUGUUCUUCCACGUGUUGACAUUUUUACUUUCUUAUUUACUAACCUUCAUUUAAUUAGUUCUAUAUACUGCCAAAUUUAUUAAUUUUUGCUUUUAUUGUAUCAAAGCUUUUUUUUUUAUCAUAUAUUAAUGAACAAAGAUUUUGUUAACUACAAUUUAACAAUUAUUUUGUUUAAAAUAAUUUCCUUGGAUUAUUAGAUUUUUGGUAUAUUUUCAUUAUUCAUUAAACAUAUACAUCAUUCAGCAUUAUGUGAUGUCCAAUUAACUGCCAGUCAUAUACUUACAAUUAAAUAGUAUCUAGUAUUUGAAAACUAAUUGCAUGUGCUCGAUUUGUGACAAUAGAACAUUUUAAUUCUUUAAUUGAAAAUAAAUGCAUUCAGUGUGAACAAAUUUAAUACUACUUUAUAAAAACAAUUAAGCAAUU